UUUAUAGCGGUGAGGUGACACCAGUCAAUGGCGGAGUGACACGACGCCUGGUGCCUGCAGCUGCCUCCCGCCUCAGUCCACCGGGACUCAUUGCACCCUACUCUCCUUCCAAGCGGCUGUCCGAGUAACAUGGACACCGUUAUGGGAUUUUCCGUUCACAUGGACUUCGAGGGUCAAAAGUUGGCUGAGAGACUGUUCCAGAUUAUUGUGGUGGCAUUUGGGGUAGUAGGAUGGUUGUAUGGAUACUACAUUCAGGACUUCUCCAUGACAGUGCUCACUUUGGGAGCUGGGUUUCUCCUGGCCUGUUUGGUGACUCUGCCCCCAUGGCCCAUCUACCGUCGAUAUCCCCUGAAGUGGGCUCCAUCCCAAGAUACCUCUUCCACUCCUUCCACCUCAUCUCAAGAAAACACAUCUAGUAAGAAGAAGAAAAAAUAAGUUAUCUUGAAAUCACCUCAGUGCAUAUGUAAGCUUGCUUUGUAAAAGAAAUAAAGUUACUCCUACACA